AGCUCAGUUGCCCAAUAGCUUGCUAGUCUCUGCAAAUACCCGAAUCGUACUCGUCACUCUGCAUAGGGAACAUUGGGACUGAGAUAGUUUUUAAAUCACGGGCAAGACGUGCUUUUCGCGCGCACCGACGGAAUAUGUCGGACCAAGGAGGAAUUUCGUAUAGUCCUGCCCGGGUCAAUCCAUUUGCAAAUGUCCAAGUAGCUAGCUACCCAGAGCACGUUCAGGUAGCUAAUUACUCGCAAAUAACAUAUCUUAAUACUCAGGAAUCAGAAGAAGAGGAAGAAGAGCCCGUAGACCAAGAGUAUGAGCCGGCAUACGAUGUAAAUGAAGAGCCGUUUGAGCCUCCAGCACUCCACAGAUCCCCACCUGCGAUAUCUUCACCCACGAUAUCCUCACCCCCCGUAACAUUACCUAAGGCAAAGAAAGAAAAGGUUAAAUCACCUACGCCCAAAGAAGCUACUCCGGUGAAGCAGCCCAGUAAACCACUCACAACACAGCAAAAGAAGCAAGCCAAAAAGAGGGAAAGGGAAAAGGCUAAAAAGAAGACGAAAAAUGAGACGAAGAUGACACCAAACACCGAAUCGUCAGAACCCCCACCCCUUCCAGCAUCUGAAGUUAUUCCAGCCGAGCCUUCUCCGGUCGAGGCUAAUAAGUCGGAGGACGCGGCCCCGUCACCACAGCCGACUGACUCGAGCUCAUCUAAACCUCCCGAGCCCUCUGAGCCUCCUGAACCCCCCGAACAACCUAAUGAGCAUGAAGCAGCAGAAGUGACGGAUAAGCAAGUAGGAGAGGCUGAAACCACAUCGCCUGUCGAAUCAGAAAGCAUACCUUCGGGUGAACAGUCUAAUGAACAAGAGACCAGAGAGCCGGCUUCGGAAACUGUGAGUCUACCAAUCUGAUAAUUUAGACCGUCAUAUAUAAAUACUAGCCUAG